CACUCUGUCUCCUCAACUUGACCACCGAAUAUAUACAGAGCAUUUCUGUUUUGUUGCCAUAACAUUAUUCCGCUCAGUAUUUUAACUGAAAAACCCACCACAGAAAACAAACUCUUUCUCUUUCUCUCCCCUUCCUUUGAAGGGUUUGCUUUUUAUUUUCUCUCUGUAUUGACAUAUUUUCAAAAAGGCCGUCGCCGGUUGCAAAGGGGUGCCGGUUCCACAAUUUUCUUGGAAUUUGGCACCCUUUUUCAUACAUAUUAUGAUGGCUGUGGAUUUUCCGAGGAAAUCAUUUCAUAACGUGUUUGAAAGAGUAGGGGUGUUUGGGAGUAUGAGCCAGAAGGGGUGCAAGUAUGAGAUUGAUGAUGAAGAUGGAAGCACCAUGGAGAUGGUACAGAUUGGGGCUGAGAGGACGAAGAAUGUGUUGAUUCUCAUGAGCGAUACCGGCGGUGGCCACCGUGCUUCGGCCGAGGCCAUUCGUGAUGCUUUCAGUUUGGAAUUUGGCGAUGAAUACAAUGUUUUUGUUAAGGAUGUUUGGAAGGAGUACACGGGUUGGCCAUUGAACAACAUGGAGCAACAAUACAAGUUUAUGGUUAAACACGUGCAGCUGUGGAAGGUUGCAUUUCAUGGCACCUCACCUCGCUGGAUACAUUCUAUGUAUCUUGCUGCCAUUGCCGCCUACUAUGCAAAGGAGGUAGAAGCUGGGUUAAUGGAGUACAAGCCAGACAUUAUUAUUAGUGUCCAUCCUCUUAUGCAGCACAUUCCACUCUGGGUUCUUAAGUGGCAAGGCCUGCAAAAGAAAGUCAUUUUUGUCACCAUCAUUACAGAUCUCAAUACUUGCCAUCGUACAUGGUUCCACCCAGAUGUGAAUCGGUUGUAUUGUCCCUCCGAGGAGGUUUCAAAGAGGGCAUUGCUAGAUGGCUUGGAAGAAUCUCAAAUACGAGUUUUUGGGUUACCUAUUCGGCCCUCAUUCUGCCGUGCAGUUCUCUCUAAGGAUGAGCUAAGAGUAGAACUGGAGAUGGAUCCAAUAUUACCAGCAGUUUUGGUGAUGGGCGGUGGUGAAGGAAUGGGGCCUGUGAAGAAAACUGCAAAGGCACUUGGAGAAGCAUUGUUCGAUAAAACGCUUGGGAAGCCAAUUGGCCAAAUGGUGGUCAUAUGUGGACGCAAUCAAUCCCUUGUUUCCACAUUACAACAACAUCAAUGGAACAUUCCUGUUAAGAUAAGAGGCUUUGAGAAACAAAUGGAAAGGUGGAUGGGAGCUUGUGACUGCAUUAUAACAAAGGCUGGACCUGGUACAAUUGCAGAAGCAUUAAUCAGAGGGCUUCCCAUUAUUCUCAACGAUUACAUUCCUGGCCAAGAAAAGGGAAAUGUUGCACACGUAGUUGACAACGGUGCAGGUGUUUUCAGCCGACACCCCAAGGAAACAGCGAGGAUCGUUGUGGAAUGGUUUAGCAGCAAGUGCGAUGAGCGAGAGAGGAUGGCUGAGAACGCACUCAAACUCUCACAACCAAAUGCUGUACUCAACAUUGUGAAGGACAUCCAUGAGCUUGCAGCACAACGAGGGCCCCUUGCUGAUAUCCCUUAUAUGCUUACCUCCUCAUUUUCCAGCUUAAUAUAACCCCCCCCCCCGCCACACACACACACACAUUUAUAGCCUCCUGCAUUAUAUAUAUAACGUUAUGUACAGCUAGUGUUACUUUUUUCAUCUCAUUCUUUGAUCUCGAGACUUGAAUUGAAGCAAAA